UAAAUCAGCUGUCUGAUAUCAGUCGUUGUAGGUGGCAGCACAGCGUCACGUGAAUUUUCAUGGCGCUGAAGCAGGGCUAGUCCCGACGUCUUGUGAUUUCACGAAAUUAUAGCUGUUUCUAAUAUUUACUGUUAAACAGCAUUAAUUUUUAAGUUCUAGUGAAGAUGUCGGAGUACUGGGUGAUCAGCGCCCCUGGCGACAAGACGUGCCAACAGACGUGGGACACCCUCAACAAUGCCACCAAAUCGGGCAACCUUAGCGUCAACUACAAAUUCCCCAUUCCCGACCUUAAGGUGGGAACGCUGGAUCAGUUGGUGGGUCUGUCUGAUGACCUUGGCAAGCUGGACACCUUCGUCGAGGGAGUCACAAGGAAAGUGGCCCAGUACCUCGGAGAGGUACUGGAAGACCAACGCGACAAGCUACACGAAAAUCUGAUGGCAAACAACAGCAUGGACUCAUACGGCGACCCCGGCGGGGGCGAGCCGCCCGGCACGCCGACUUCACCCAUCUGUGACUCGGCGUUUUCUGAACACCACGGCUGCUGGCCGUGCGAGCACCGCGACUCCUGCGAGCAGUCCCAGGCCUCCAGCGGCCGCAGCUCGCCGCGGUGGGACGACGAGGAGGAAGAGGAGAGGCCGCAUCACGUGCUCUCACAAGCCGACUUGCCCACUUACCUGACUCGCUUCCAGUGGGACAUGGCCAAGUACCCCAUCAAGCAGAGUCUGCGCAACAUCGCUGAUAUUAUUAGCAAACAGGUGGGGCAAAUCGACGCGGACCUGAAGGUGAAGUCGAGCGCCUACAACGCGCUCAAGGGCAACCUGCAGAACCUUGAGAAGAAACAGACCGGCAGUCUUCUAACCCGUAACCUGUCGGACUUGGUGAAGAAGGAGCACUUCAUCCUCGACAGCGAGUACCUGGUUACACUCCUCGUCAUCGUGCCCAAGGCCAUGUUUAACGACUGGAACGCCAACUACGAGAAGAUCACGGACAUGAUCGUGCCCCGUUCCUCGCAGCUCGUUCACCAGGAUAACGACUACGGACUGUUCACCGUCACGCUUUUCAAGAAGGUGGCGGACGAGUUCAAACUGCACGCCCGCGAGCGCAAGUUCAUCGUGCGCGAGUUCUCGUACAACGAGAACGACCUCUCCGCCGGCAAGAACGAGAUCACCAAGCUCGUCACCGACAAGAAGAAGCAAUUCGGUCCCUUGGUCCGAUGGUUGAAGGUGAACUUCUCCGAGUGCUUCUGCGCCUGGAUACACGUCAAGGCGCUGCGUGUAUUCGUAGAAUCCGUACUCAGAUACGGCCUCCCCGUGAACUUCCAGGCCGUAGUGAUGGUCCCGUCCCGCAAGAGCAUGAAGAAGCUGCGCGACGUGCUGCAGCAACUAUACGCGCACCUCGACCACUCCGCGCAGAGCCACGGGGCCAACGCCGCCGACACGGCGGAACUCGCGGGUCUUGGCUUCGGGCAGUCGGAGUACUUCCCUUACGUGUUCUACAAGGUCAACGUCGACAUGAUUGAGAAGGCCUAGGCCAUAGCUAGGUAAAAUAACUACAUGUCGCCCGGCUUGCGCCCGCAAGAAAUAGUUGCAAUCUGUUAAAAAAAAAUUGUACAAUAAUUAUAUUUUUAAAUAGAAUAUUUAUCAACCGACAAAAUAUAUAUACACGUGGCCUGUAUGAAUAAAAUCAUUUGCGAUAUAUUUUACCAUGUACAGUUUUUGUUUUAUUUUACAUUUCGAGGCAGGUUUGUAUGUUUUGAAUUCUUACAAUAGUAACAUUUUUGAAAAUCAGGCCAAUUUUCUGUGCCUUUUUAUUUGGCAUAAUAAACGGCCUGUCAAUGUCUCAUAAAAAAAACAGUAACUUUUUUUUUGUCUAUUAUAACUGACAUUUGUUAAGCAUGUUUUCUAUUAUGUUAUUAUUGUAAGUUGUUAUUUAAAUAAGGUAUUUGGAAGUGUUUAGCUUUGCUAUGUUCCAAGCGCAACAAUCUUAUGUUCAGUAUUAUGUGAGUUGCGUGAGUAGACUAGUUGCAUAUCAUCCGUUUGAUGCUGUAUAAUAAAUGUUCAACAGAUAUUUAUAUUGGAGUUAAUGAAAUGGAAAAGAACUAUGUAAAUAAGAACAUUCCUCGUCAUAACUUGUGUAGUACAUAAUAAAAUAAAAAAUAUUAUUCAAGUUACUGUU